AUGUACGCUGCUGAGCGUUCCUUCGUCCCCGGCCCGCAGCUUCCAGUCAAAAACCUCAUAGCGAAGAAGCAGGAGGUCCUCGACGCAAAGCUAGCUUUGAAAACAGCACGAACAGACGUGAGUACAGCCCAACUUUCAGCUAGUGGAGCAGCCAAUUCGCGCACGUCGAUCAAGGGGCGUAUGACUCCUUUGGACUCGGAGAUUCAGCGGCUGGAAGGCCGUUUACCCGGGAACAACCCUCCGGACAUAAUCACGGGGGUGGAAGGCAGCAAGGAAGAAGGAUUCUCAGUUAUCAAGACCAAACUAGAUACAAGCGCCAGCGCCGGAGACGGUGACUCAGGAGCUGAUGUAGGGACUCGAAUCGAUUUCACUGUGAGCUCUCAGACAACCGAUCACAAACAGGAAGAGCACGGCAUCUCGGGAGCCUUCCACGCCGAAGCCCAGACACGGUUCGCUUCAGUCAAGGUAGAAUCUAGCUUCUCCAAGAGCAACAAGGAGGUAUCUGACUUCAUGUCGAGUUCCACCGUCAGCGGCUCAUUCUCUGCCAUGGUGGUGCGAUCAUGGUUACACGCCGAGCUGUUCCAGGACUUUGACAUCGACAUACCGGCCGGCACGUUUCUGAGCCCUGGCGCUAAAGCCAUCAAGUAA